UGAACGUUCAACCGUAGACAUCUGCAGUAUAAAAUAAAUUUAACUCGUCUAUAAUAUAAAGAACUCAUAAUUUAUAUUUGCAUUUCACAUUUGACGUGGUAUUCAUAAAGUAUAAUUUUGAUUAAUAAUAUUUAAUUCGAGUAUCUACUUUUCCUAUUCUAAUAGUAAGCAAUAUUGAACAAUUGUUUAAAUUGUGCUAUUUCAAUUGGGAUUGACUCAUCCAAGAUGAAUUUUUGGAAUUCUUUUCAAAAAGUAGCGACAUGGUCGGCAGCUUCAUACCUGUUUUUUCAACGGUUCUUAGAAAUCGUGUCUUUAUUCAUUCAGGACAACAAACACAUCUGUCUCCUUAUUCCGUUCAUGAUGACUAUCUGGACGAUAAUAUAUUUCGCGAACGACUUCUGGAUGAUAUACGUGGCGUGUCUGAUUAUCGGAUCCGUCAUAUUUAUUUUUGCGUCGUCUAUAAUGGUACAAAGGGCCGGACGGCGAGAACGCUAUCAAAUACUGCUCGAGGCGUCCCGGGGUUAUGAGCUCGCAGAGGUCGAAGCGCUUAAGCGACGUUUCGACGAAAUUUUUCCACAGUUGGGCGUGUUGAACUCGCUCAUGCCCCGCGAAGUCGCCGUCGCCGACGCGCCUCGGACUAUUGACGAGCGCCUCGGUGCUCUGGAGGACGCCGUCCGGUCACUAACGGCCGAGUUCGCGCAAUUCAAAUUUAACCACGCGCUUACAAACCAGGCGCCAACAGUUCAUGGGUCAACAAAUCGUGCGCCGCCAAUUCAAGCCCCAACCAAUCGCGCGCCAACAAAUUGCGCGCCAACAAAUCGCGCUACACCAAUUCAAACCUCAGGACAAACCCAUACAGUCCCCAGGACGUGGUGUUACUACCACGUUCGCUUCGGCAAAGAAGCUCAAAAGUGCUCAAGCGAGUUAUGCACUUUUACCCCAAAGCUUUCGACUAAAAAUAAAACAAUUUAAGAAGACGUUAUAUACGUCUGAUACCAGAAAAAUGCACCUACCCGUGCUCUGAUUGGAGAUAUUUGUAGUAUAUUCAGACCUUAGUCUUAGUCUUAGUUUAAAAUUGAAAUAAAAUAUAUUUUUCCAUGUUUUUUUUUUUUAAAAAAUGUUUUCUUUUUUUUUCUUAUCUUUAUUGUAAAUUGUUAUAUAAAUAAAACAAAACUUAUCAAGAAAAUAUAA